CACACCUAUAGCCCCUCCCAUUGGUGGAGUAUGUUUCAUAGCAGUACACAGAAGUCCCAUUGGCUUUUCCAGCACAGACAGCAGCUUACCCGCCAAAGAGCAGAAACCAAUGCAUCUUUCUGUCGCAAAUACUCAGAUGCUGCUAUCAGCAAAGAAUGUCAGUUCCUGACCCCCACAGAAGAAGAAUCAGUCUGCCUCUAUUACAUGAAAAAACUUUUUGAAUUUUGCAACGUGUUCCGGCCUCCGGUCCCUAGAGGGGUUCUGGGUACAGCUGGGGCAUAUUUCAAACGUUUCUAUCUCCUCACUUCAGUAAUGGACUAUCAUCCGAAAGAAAUAUUUUUGUCCUGUGCGUAUUUGGCAUUUAAGAUUGAGGAGUACAAUGUGUCACUUGACGAGUUUGUCUACAUGCUAUCUCCGGAAUUACGUCAGUCCAGCUCUGAGAUGAUACUCAAUAAUGAAUUAAUGAUGCUGAAAAGGCUCAAGUUUCACUUGACGAUUCAUUCACCUUUUAGACCACUGGAAGGAUUCUUGAUUGAUAUGAAGACGAGGUCCUCUAUUCCUAAUGUGGAGCGUCUCCGUAAAGAAGCAGACUCAUUCCUAAUGAGUAGCUUAUACUCUGAUGUUUUAUUUCUAUAUCCACCAUCACAAAUAGCUUUGGCUGCUUUAUACUAUGCUUCUACUGUCAUUGAAGUGGAUAUAUCAAGUUAUAUAAAGGUGCAGCUUGCUGAUACGAUUGAGCAAGGAUCUAAACUAGCCUAUACACUGCAAGGGAUUUGUGAUAUUGUAAGAACUGUUUUCGUGCCAGAGUCGUCUCAAGAGAUAGCCCACAUUUUACAAAGACUGGAAAAAUGUUCUAGAGUAGUGCUUGUCUCUCCUCCGACCAACAGCAAGAGAAAAAGUGAUGAAGUAUCUGAAGUAGUAUUAAGGAAGAAAAUUAAGGAGGAGCAUGACGUAGAAGAAACUGGUCUGACGAGUUUGACUGGUUUUGGAUCAUUAACAUGAUUAUAUAAACAGUAUAAAAAUAAUAAUCACUAAUUAUUAUAACAACAAUAUAUUAUUAUUA